AUGAUAUCGAAGAGCUCGAUUGCCGGAAUUGCUGCCGUUUUGCUAGUGGCUGUGUUCUUUCUCUGCAAAUUUGCCUUUGGAAAUGCCGAUAACUUUAUCCUUGAGUCCCCCGAAGGUUAUGACGAUUUUUCCAAAAGAUUAGAACAAUAUGGAUUUUCAAAGUUAGUUGAAAGUUCCGUGGAGAGUCUACAAGACGAAGAGAUCAAAGCAGCAUAUUCACAGCACAAGGAGGCAGUAAAAAGCAUCAUUCUCAUAGACUUGUUUGUAGGUUUGAAACAAGAAUCUUCGGCUCGAACAUUUUACAAUACAAAGUUGCCAGAUUUAACGGUUGGCGCAGCGCCUGAACCCACCAAAGAAUCAAAAACUAAGCAUACUACCAGCUCACCGCCUGCUGCAGAGUCAGAAUUACAGGAAGCGCUCAAAAGCUUUAUUUGCCUGUGUAUGCAGCGUUUUGCGUUUGCAAAUGUAAGCAUAAUGUGGUCAAAUGAUUUAUUAUUUACCCAACCGAAAAUUGAAAUUGUGGGGUUUAAACUUGGAUUCGUUCCUUCUGAGGCCUUAGCUGCAUUUAAGGAAAUGGUUAGUCUAGACUUGAAACAAACACAUGUCACAAAAGGAUUUGAAUCUCUGAAAAUCCUAAAAAAUCUUCGAUACUUAACACUUUCCGAGAACGGCAUAACUGAAUUUCCGAACUUUACCGGAUUUCCAGCUCUAAAUGAGGUUUAUUUGAACAAUAACGCCAUUCAAAAGAUCGAUUUGAGCCAGUAUUUGAAAAGUGGAACAGACGAAUAUGAAAAGCUAGGUAUUACAAACCUACAUUUAAACAACAACAAAAUUAGUAAUAUCGACAAUGACUUCAUGAAAGUAUUUCCGGAACUAAAGGAGUUAUCACUCAGGAACAACAAGAUUGCAAAAAUGCCAGAGUGCUUUAAUGGUUUAGAAGACAAGGUCAAGGUUGAUAUUACCACGCUACCAUCGACGGGAUGA